GGUGGAGUUCUUGGUAUGUGUCCACGCUUACAUGUAGCUUCAACUGACGUAAGCUAGUACAUGUGCAACUCUAAACGUAAAUCCCCAAUUCGGCUACCUUGUCUGUUACUCCGUAACGAUCGGCGCAGGUGACUCUGAUUAACACCGAAGCUACGUAACAGCAGCAGGCGCAGUUUCAACAUCCAUUCUGCCAUUUCAAUCCGUUUCAAUCAACGUCAACAACCAAUCCAAUCUUUACAACAACAUAAUCCGUGAACGAUCUCUCAUUUAUCCAUCUAACUUCAUCGCACUCCACAUCGUCGCUCUCUAAAGAAUCCACAAUCGCCCAGCCAUGUCUUUUGACCAGUUAUCUUCGAUAGAAUCUGGUAGCGGAGAUGGUCGUCGCCAGAACAAUGGCGCCUAUACGGAUGACCCGGAAUUCUCUCGUCUGUCGCAGGGUCUUAUGAAUAAGCUAUUUCAUCUGCAGGGUAACAUAUCAAAGCUAAAGACGGAUAUUGGCCUUCUCGGUACGCGCCGCGAUAACCCUCGAUUGCGAGAGAGACUUCAUACCACCAUCGAAGAAUCUACAGAACAGUUCAAGGAAGUGGGUGAAGGCAUCAAGAAGAUACAGACCUGGGAAGAGCCUACGCCCACCCAGAAAUAUUCCCAACAAAAGCUAUCGCGCGAAUUCAAGGCUUCCCUCGGCGAAUUCCAAGCUCUACAGCGUACCGCCAUCGAGAAGCAACGAGCUUCCGUUACCGCCGCCAAAGCCGCCCUCGACCAUGAAGGAGGCCAAGAAGGUGUGACUCCAGGUGAAGGCGAACAGCUACAGCUUCAACAGCAGGAACAAGUUCACCUAGCACCCCAAGAUGAGGUCGAUUUCCAGGAGGCCCUUAUUACCGAGCGCGAAGAAGAAAUCCGACAAAUCGAAGAGGGUGUUGGUGAUUUAAACGUACUAUUCCAACAAGUCGCGCAAAUCGUCGGCGAGCAAGGCGAAGUUCUCGAGACCAUUGAGAACAACGCCGUUAACAUUCGUGAUGAUACGCGCGGUGCCGACUACGAGUUGAGGAGUGCCGCAAGAUACCAGAAGAAUGCCCGAAGCAAGGCUUGCUGCUUACUUUUGGUUCUAGCUGUCAUUAUGGCUAUUGUCUUGUUGGCUGUGUUCCUGGGAUGAACUAGUCGAAAAACCCGAGUCAUACUCUCACUUAUCUGUCUGUUUAAUAGAGUGUACAUGUGGUGGCAUUAGGGCGUUUUUGGAGUUAGCAUGGACGCAAUUUCAUUCAUUCGGUAUAUCAUAGUAGGAUUGUUGCAGGCCAUAAUUGACAAGAGUUGAUCGUCUCUGUAUUUGUUGUUUUUGAG